AUGGAUAUGAUAAAGAAAGACAUCUAUAGACGAAUGGAUAUGAUAAAGAAAGACAUCUAUAGACGAGUGGAUAUGAUAAAGAAAGACAUCUAUAGACGAAUGGAUAUGAUAAAGAAAGACAUCUAUAGACGAGUGGAUAUGAUCAAGAAAGACAUCUAUAGACGAAUGGAUAUGAUCAAGAGAGACAUCUAUAGACUAAUGGAUAUAAUCAAGAGAGACACCUAUAGACGAAUGGAUAUGAUAAAGAAAGACAUCUAUAGACGAGUGGAUAUGAUCAAGAAAGACAUCUAUAGACGAGUGGAUAUGAUCAAGAGAGACAUCUAUAGACGAAUGGAUAUGAUAAAGAAAGACAUCUAUAGACGAAUGGAUAUGAUGAAGAAAGACAUCUAUAGACGAGUGGAUAUGAUAAAGAAAGACAUCUAUAGACGAAUGGAUAUGAUCAAGAGAGACACCUAUAGACGAAUGGAUAUGAUGAAGAAAGACACCUAUAGACGAAUGGAUAUGAUGAAGAAAGACAUCUAUAGACGAAUGGAUAUGAUCAAGAAAGACAUCUAUAGACGAAUGGAUAUGAUGAAGAAAGACAUCUAUAGACGAAUGGAUAUGAUGAAGAAAGACAUCUAUAGACGAAUGGAUAUGAUCAAGAAGACAUCUAUAGACGAGCGGAUAUGA